UUUUUUCUCAGCUGAUCCUGGGCCUGUUUGCACCCUCUGCAAGCCAGCUGGCUCGGAAUUUAGCUGCCUGCUAGCAGCCGCUGCCGCCACCCCUCUCCACAAGUCUAUAGGAUUUUGCUGAGCUAAUUUAAAGAGCGGUGGCCAGGCAGUCCUUUAAAUCCAUUAGCUGUCAAGCGCUCGGGGCGAGAUUUUUUGUUUUUAUUUUUAUUUCGCGCCUCCUCGAAACUUCUUUUUCUUGUCUCCUGUUUCUUGACUCCUCCGGCGCAAAGCAGCAGAGAGGAAGAAUCGCUUUGCAAAACAGAAAAAGGACGUAAAGAUCAUAAGACUGAACUGUGCAGUGCAAACUGAAGCAGCAGCGUCCAGAUGCCUCUGGCAAGAUCCCUGUCGGUUACCUCUCUCAACGGGCUGCCCCAGUGGGACGAUGUGGAUCUCCCAGUUGAGGAUUUACUGCUCUUUGAAGUGGCCUGGGAAGUCACUAAUAAAGUCGGUGGCAUCUACACUGUGAUCCAGACGAAAGCCAAAGUCACGUUGGACGAAUGGGGGGAGAACUAUUUUCUCAUCGGCCCGUAUUUCGAGCACAACGUGAAGACCCAAGUGGAGGUCUGCGAACCUCCCAACACGGCGGUGAACAAGGCAAUGGAUAUUCUGAGAGGAAACGGGUGUCAGGUACAUUUUGGCAGAUGGCUGAUAGAAGGGAACCCCUAUGUGGUGCUGUUUGAUAUAGGAUCAGCUGCUUGGAAUCUGGAUCGCUGGAAAGGGGAAUUCUGGGAUGCAAGCCACAUUGGAAUCCCAUACCACGACCGAGAAGCCAACGAUGCACUCAUCUUUGGGUCGUUAACUGCCUGGUUUUUGAAAGAGCUGUCCGAUCAGUUGGAAGACAAACCAAACAUCGUUGCUCACUUCCACGAAUGGCAAGCGGGGCCGGGACUGAUCCUGUGUCGGUCUAGGAAGCUUCCCGUGGCCACGAUCUUCACAACUCACGCCACGCUCUUGGGGAGGUACCUGUGUGCCGCCAGCAUCGAUUUCUACAACCACCUGGAACAUUUCGACAUCGAUAAAGAAGCAGGCGAGAGACAGAUAUACCACCGAUAUUGCAUGGAAAGAGCUUCGGUACACUGCUCCCAUGUGUUCACUACAGUCUCUCAGAUAACCGCCAUAGAGGCCGAGCACAUGCUGAAAAGAAAUCCUGAUGUUGUCACUCCAAAUGGCCUGAACAUUAAGAAAUUCUCCGCCAUGCAUGAAUUUCAGAACUUGCACGCCACUUGUAAAGCUAGGAUCCAAGAGUUUGUUCGAGGCCAUUUCUAUGGCCAUCUUGAUUUCAGCCUCGAAAAGACCUUAUUUUUCUUCAUUGCGGGGAGAUACGAGUUUUCAAACAAAGGAGCUGACAUGUUUUUAGAGGCCUUAUCCCGAUUAAAUUUCCUAUUGCGGGUACACAAGAGUGACGUCACCGUCGUCGUGUUCUUUAUCAUGCCAGCAAGCACGAACAAUUUCAACGUGGAAACCCUGAAAGGCCAGGCCGUUCGAAAGCAGCUGUGGGACACGGCGCAUUCGGUGAAAGAAAAGUUUGGGAAAAAGCUCUAUGAUGCAUUGUUAAGAGGAGAAAUCCCCGAUAUGAACAAGAUCUUGGAUCGUGAUGACAUGACCCUCAUGAAGCGAGCCAUCUAUUCUACCCAGCGACAGACCCUCCCACCAGUGACCACCCACAACAUGAUUGACGAUUCUAACGACCCAAUUCUCAACACUAUCAGACGCAUCGGGCUUUUCAACAGUCGGACAGAUCGUGUCAAGGUUAUCUUGCAUCCUGAGUUCCUCUCUUCAACAAGUCCGUUAUUACCUAUGGACUAUGAAGAGUUUGUCAGAGGUUGUCAUCUUGGGGUAUUCCCAUCUUACUAUGAGCCCUGGGGAUAUACUCCUGCUGAGUGUACCGUCAUGGGCAUUCCCAGCGUGACGACCAAUCUCUCUGGAUUUGGCUGUUUUAUGCAGGAACACGUGGCUGAUCCAGCAGCAUACGGUAUUUACAUCGUGGACAGGAGAUACCGUUCUCCAGACGAGUCUUGCAAUCAGCUGACACAGUUCCUAUAUGCGUUUUGCCAGCAGUCACGUCGGCAAAGAAUCGUCCAGAGAAACCGAACGGAGAGACUCUCAGAUCUGCUGGACUGGAGAUACUUGGGCAGGUAUUACACGCACGCCCGGCAUGUGGCUGUGAGCCGAGCAUUUCCUGAAAAAUUCGAGAUGGAACCAAAUGCUCCUCCGAAGACUGAAGGAUUCCGGUUUCCCCGUCCUUCAUCGGUACCCCCCUCCCCCGCUGUGUCUCAGCACAACAGUCCCCACCAAAGCGAUGACGAGACUGAGGAGACCGAUGUUGAGGAUGAAAGAUAUGACGAAGAGGAAGAAGCAGAGAGGGAUCGGCAGAAUAUAAAAUCUCCUUUCGACAUCAACGCUGUGCCCCAGGUGAAAAAUAAGCCACAUGGAGAAUACAGGAACUGAUCUACUCUCUUACCUGGUGGUCUCGCAUGGGCCUCACCUGCUCAAACAUACAUGUAUACCUGGAUGGUCCAAUGAUUUGCAAUGUGGGCGUUCAAGAUGCUUAGCGGAGUGUUCAAGAUGCUAUAUAAGCUAAAUGUCUGAAAUAUCUUGACUUACCCCUUCUCUUGAAAUAGUUUUUCCUUCCAUUCUUUUAUUGGAGGUAGGAGAAAGCUAGAAGCAUUAGGAAGGUAUGUUGGCUUUCAUAUUUGUAGCCGUGACCCCAGAGAAUGGGUAGAGGAAGAUGAGAGCAUCGUGCUGUCUGCAAACAUGGCAGGGCUAGAGGAAAAGAAAACUACUGUUGU